AUGGACCCCCUGUUAAAGCGGCGCGGCUUUGCUACUCUUCUUGUAGAAGCAUCUAAGGUGGCCAAUAAACUCACAAAUAUUGAAUUUGCACCCGACAUUAUUAGCAGAUCUUGCAGGUGGAAGGAAGCUAAAUAUGCCGCUACAAGCUUAUGCGUUUCACCUCGUGCUGAUCGUAUCAAAGUAUUAUACAAUGGUCUGCCAAGACCAAAAAUGGAACUGAGCAUGGCAAAGGGGAUAUCAACGCCCUUUGAUUGCGCAAAGCACCUGUCCCAGUUGCUUUGUGAUAGAAGUGUAAUAGCUCUCGUAAAUGGUUCUCCCUAUGAUAUGCAUCGGCCCAUUAAUGAUGACGUGACGCUUGAUUUUAUACAUUUUAAGGCAAAGGCAAAUCGUGCUUUUUGGCGCUCAUGUCAGGUGGUAAUGGCUGCUGCUGUCGAGUCAGCAUUUAAGGACAAGUUUCGCAUGCGGUUGCUCUCCUUUCACGAGACCUCCCUCCAAUCGGGCAGUUUUGUCGCCGACUUCCGAAUGGAGUUGAACUCAAAGAGUGCUUUGGAAGGUAUAGUUAACUGGAGUCCAACAGAAUGCGAGUUGCGCGCCUUGUCUCAGGUCGGUCAAAUCAUUGCGUCCAACGCGAAACCCUUCGAGGUCCUAGAUACUAGUCCAGAGGAGACUCGAAACAUCCUGCAAGACGCCUACAGGCUAGCAUGUUUACGUAAAGAGGCUGGUUCAACAUCCUCUACUCUAUAUCGCGUUGGAAAUUACGUUCAGGUUCACACGAAGACGCCCAUGAUCGCUAACUCCUCCCUGGUUGGACGAUUUUCGAUAGUAUCACUGCGGCUCCUAGGCCGUCUUGCAGCAGAGUACGUAAAGCCGAACGACUCUCCCUACCAACUCGUCUACCGAGCUCAGGGAGUUGCCAUGCCGACAGCUUUUCUGGCCCACUUCACUACCUUCGACGUUCUUAUCCGACGAGCCAAGCAGCCAAACAGCACAGUUGCUGAUGCGUCCAACUACGUGGAGCCUCUGUGA